UUUGUUGCAUCGUACGAGAUCCGAUAUGAUCAAAGUUAUGACAGACAGCUACGGAGAUCAUCAGUUCUCGAUUGCGUGUAUCGGGAACAGUCGGUCAACAUGCCUAACCCCACUGGAUGCCACUUAUUAGUUGUUAGCUGACCCGCUAGUAACGUAUGGCACAAAACAAGGAAAUUGCAGCAGCAGCAGUGGGGUGGCCGAAGGAAGGGAUCAGUAGAACCGUAUCUACAGCUAUUAGCACAACUCUACAAUAUUUAUCGCUGACGUGCACAGCAAAGGUUCUUCCAUUAGUCUGAGAAAAGUAGCGCUCCAGUGUACAAGCAUGGCCAGCUACGGUGUGCUGACGUUAAUGAUAGUUUCCUCGCUAUGCGUGUUCGUGCAAGGACGUUACAGUCACGUUGCCUGCCAGGUAGUGGAAAACAAAUGGUGCACCGUGCAACGGCUACGUAUCACGGCACGGACGGAUGUGCGCGGUCUAGUGUUUCCGGACGAUCGGUACGAAAAGAUCCGCAUCGGGCAGUACUACGAUUUCGUCAACACGGACAGUACGAUCGUAAUCUUUUCCGGCGAGUUGUUCUACCGUAUGCGCCGCGUGCGAUACCUACAGAUGAAUGGCGUUCGCAUGGUAGGACUCGAUAUGCCCGACACCGUCAUCGAGCUGGAUGUGGCGGACAACUGGCUGUCCCGGGUGUACAUAGACCCAGACAAGAGCUACACCCUGCGGAAGCUGAUCAUGCGCAACAACCUUCUCACCAGCAUUAAUGGCUUCAACUAUCUCAACAUGCUCGAGGAGCUAGAUCUCAGCGAAAACAUGCUGCAUACGGUGAACUUUGACGUGUUUUCGUUCAUGCCUUACAUCCGGUUAAUCAAUCUGGCUCGGAACCGCAUUUUCAGCACCACCGCUGGCAAUGGCGUUAUUUCGCUUGGCUUCCUCGAGCAAGCGAAUCUAGCAGAAAACAUGCUCACAAAGCUAGAUGUUGGUGUAUGGCUUUUCCCUUCACUCACAACUUUAAACCUCACCGGCAAUCCUAUCAGACGCUUAUCUUUGUCCAGUCAGCAAUCGUUUCCGCGAUUGAAACAAGUUUUAUUAUAAGCUAAUUCGGACAAACGUAUCCUCAUAGCGGUAUAGAUAGGUUGCAGUUUUAAAUAUGAUCCGAAACCACUCAGCCAUUGGAUAAAGAGAUGUGCCUGCUGUUAAAUGUAAUGAUAAAUUUUACACCUUUACGCUAUAUUGUACCAUGACAUUAGCUAUUCGUACUCUCCGAGACCAUAUUAUCCUUUUUUGUUAGAGUGAAAUAUACUUUUUCGUAAAGAUCCGAACACUGCUGCGUAUAUUUUGUAAAUCACAUGGAUAUGAUGUAUGAAAAACAUGAAACAAAUUUACUGUCACAUGGUUCAAAAUAUUGUCCCAUCACAAAAAGAACUCUAGCAACGAAUACGUGGAAAUGCUAUUAAAGUAAAAGAAAAUCCAUUCCA